AUGGAUGUAAUGACCGCUGUUGCUCCUAAAGAUAUUACGACUGCUGUUCCAACUGAUGACCGGAAAUUAAUGUCCAAUUCUGAAGCAAAGGCUUUAAAAAAUACUUGCAGUGUUCUUCUUUCACCUUUGUAUGCGCCGGUCGCAAAGUCCGUGCCUAACAAUCAAUUUCACCAUUUAGAAUCUGAUAAUUUGAUUUGGGAACCUCGUGCGACAAACAAUCCAACGGUCAUCUCGGAUGUCGCUUCUGAACAUUCUGAAAAAUCUACAAUUGAGCUCGAGAAGGAACAAAAGAAAGCCACUUUAUACAAAACUGAAAUGUGCCGUAAUUGGGAAGAACGUGGUUCAUGCCGGUUAAAUGGUACUUGUCCUUACGGUAAACGGUGUUGCUUCAUUCAUAAUGAUAAAAACCGCCUUCUUCUUUGCAAAAGAAGAAACAGUGCCGACAAUUUGAAAAAUUCGACCAAAAAUACCAAGUCCAAAGGUUUAAGCAAAGUUGGAAGUGAUCCUGCUCUUUAUGGCUCUUACGUUAAUGAUUCAACUUCUUCUGGAACUAUACAACCUGCACCUUCUUCAAAUUUAAAAGGUACUUCUCCUUCUUCAAGCACAGAAUCCCUUCGAGCUUUCACAGAUGCUUACUUUUCGGGUCCAUUGGCUCUUCCUGGAUCACUAUCAAAUGAUCCAAUUGUGAAUGGUGAAAUUUCCACCGUUCGUGAUGAAUCUCAUUCAGGUAGCAGCUCUUCUAUUAACGUUAAUACAACUCCAACGAAUACUCGGGAUGAGGGUGACGAUGAUGAAAUUAACGUUCCAUCUGGUUACGCUGAUAAACCUUUAUUAUUACGUGAAUUGUUAACUGAUGACAAAACACCGACUCUUUACGAUUAUAACUCGAUUCAACCUGAUUUAUACGAUCCAAAAUUGGAUCAAAAUGAUCAUGCACAAGCACGUCGAAGAGCAUCGACAACUUCAUGCCGAUUAGAGAAAGCAAAUGUUUCCAAUAAUACUUCUAGUGUUGUUGGUAAUUCUACUUUAAGGGAAAGGAGCGUUAGCAUGAGUGUUAGUGUUAAGCAGCCUACAAAUCUCGUAUCUGUUGUUGGCCAAAAUCGCGGAAGAAGGUUGGCAAUCUUUAGAAAUCUGGUUUAG